AUGGUGCAGCAGGCCGAGAGCUUGGAAGCGGAGAGCAACCUGCCCCGGGAGGCGCUGGACACGGAGGAGGGCGAAUUCAUGGCUUGCAGCCCGGUGGCCCUGGACGAGAGCGACCCGGACUGGUGCAAAACGGCGUCGGGCCACAUCAAGAGGCCGAUGAACGCGUUCAUGGUGUGGUCCAAGAUCGAGCGCAGGAAGAUCAUGGAGCAGUCUCCGGACAUGCAUAACGCCGAGAUCUCCAAGAGGCUGGGGAAGCGGUGGAAAAUGCUGAAGGACAGCGAGAAGAUCCCGUUCAUCCGGGAGGCGGAGCGGCUGCGGCUCAAGCACAUGGCCGACUACCCCGACUACAAGUACCGGCCCCGGAAAAAGCCCAAAAUGGAUCCCUCGGCCAAGCCCAGCGCCAGCCAGAGCCCCGAGAAGAGCGCGGCGGGCGGCGGCGGCGGCGCGGGCGGCGCCAAGACCUCCAAGGGCUCGAGCAAGAAAUGCGGCAAGCUCAAGGCCCCUACGGCCCCCGCGGCCGGCGGCGCCAAGGCCGGCGCGGGCAAGGCGGCCCAGCCCGGGGACUACGGCGGCGCGGGCGACGACUACGUGCUCGGCAGCCUGCGCGGGAGCGGCGCGGGCGGCGGCGGCGCGGGCAAGACGGUCAAGUGCGUGUUCCUGGACGAGGAUGACGAGGACGACGAGGACGACGACGAGCUGCAGCUGCGGAUCAAGCAGGAGGCGGACGACGAGGACGAGGAGCCGCCGCACCCGCAGCUCCUGCAGCCGCCCGGGCAGCAGCCGCCGCAGCUGCUGAGACGCUACAACGUCGCCAAAGUGCCCGCCAGCCCCACGCUGAGUAGCGCGGCCGAGUCCCCCGAGGGCGCGAGCCUCUACGACGAGGUGCGGGCCGGCGCGACCGCGGGCGCCGGGGGCGGCAGCCGCCUCUACUACAGCUUCAAGAACAUCACCAAGCAGCACCCGCCGCCGCUGGCGCAGCCCGCGCUGUCGCCCGCGUCCUCGCGCUCCGUCUCCACCUCCUCGUCCUCGUCCUCGUCCUCCUCGUCCAGCAGCAGCAGCGGCAGCAGCAGCAGCAGCAGCGGCGGCGAGGACGCCGACGACCUGAUGUUCGACCUGAGCUUGAAUUUCUCCCAGAGCGCGCACAGCGCCAGCGAGCAGCAGCUGGGGGGCGGCGCGGCGGCCGGGAACCUGUCCCUGUCUCUGGUGGAUAAGGAUUUGGAUUCGUUCAGCGAGGGCAGCCUGGGCUCCCACUUCGAGUUCCCCGAUUACUGCACGCCCGAGCUGAGCGAGAUGAUCGCGGGGGACUGGCUGGAGGCGAACUUCUCCGACCUGGUGUUCACGUAUUGA